AUGGGUGUACUUGCUGCCAUACAAGACGGAAAUAAGAAAGGAUACAAUCUCAGAUUGACCAUAACAGAUUUGGAUGGUCACAUUUACUAUGCACAUGGCAAUGUCACAACAGCUGCAAUGCUUCUUGACGCUUUCAAGACUACAAAGAGAGAACAAAUGGUUGACUCCGACUCAGACAUUUUGAAUGCAAUUGAAGGAAUUGCAAGUGUCAAGUUCGAAUGGUACCAACCUAACCCUCAAGCAGUCAGACAACAUGCUGGAUACUUCCCGUUCAGAAAUAAGUCUGACAUUGACUUGACAAGGUAUGGAAUUUACAAUUCAAUUGAAACAAUUGUCAAUGAACCUUGUAUUCUUACAUGUCUCAGGAACUCUGGUCUUGUUACAGAUGAGAAGAUGAAGUAUCUUGAGUCAUGUGUGAAGACGAGGUACCUUCUCAGAGGUCAAUUGGCAAAAGUUGCACCGUUGGCAAAUGUGAAUAUCCGAGUCAACAUUCCGACUGAGAAAGGUUCUUCACAUGACGACUAUGUUGUUGACAAAGACUUACCAUGGUUGAAGAUUGCAAUUGUCCAUAACCACUUCAUGUUGAACGAAAGUCUUACAAACCCAUUGUUCGGAAAAGGCAAGUGCAACAUUGUCAGAGCUGUUAACAUUCUUUUCGAGAAAGGUUUGUUGGAACCAAUUCCAGAUGACAAGCUGACAGAAACUUUUGUACCAAAAGACGAAACAAACUUUUCACUGUUAGCAAGACCAAAAGUUGUUCCAGACAAAGUUCUAGUACAAAAGAAGUACACAGUUCCAAAAGGAGUUGGAUUGUUCGGAUACCAACCUGAACCAGAAGAACUUCCAAUGAGGUUGCAAGAACUUCAAGAUGCUAUAAACAAACUCCCAUUGAGACAUCCAAUCGACGUCAAAUUGUAUUGGAGAGCAUCAGAGUUAGGUCAGAAGGUUUUAUAUGAAACAGGUUGCUUCGACGAUGUUUAUGAGAUAACAGGAGAA